AUGGAAGUUGAAGAUGGCGCCUCCAAUAUUACUCAAUUUCCAGCAGAUUCAAUGUGUAUUCUGCCACCAGAAAUCAUUACUGAAAUCCUCUCCAGGUUUCCUGUAAAAUCUUUGUUGAAUUCAGAUGACGUUGAGAUCAAAGUAUAUAGUCUAAAAAGUGACUCUUGGACUAGUGUUGAUUAUUGUGGUGAGACAAACAUUAUCAAAAACAAUGAUGGAUCUUAUGUAGACAGUUUAAGUUUUUCAGCCGAGUUUGCGAAUGGGAAGCUUCAUUGGAAUAUAGGCCGCGAGAAAAAGAAUAUUGUUUCCUUUGAUUUAGCUAAUGAGAUAUGGGAUAAGGUGGAGAAACCCUCCUAUGGAGUAGGAGAGACUGAAUCGUGUGUAUGGACCGUGGGAAGUGAUCUUUGUGUCUUUACUGAUUAUAAGCAAACUCAUUUCUGUAUUUGGGUAAUGAAGGAGUACGGGGUUAAACAAUCUUGGAUAAAGAAGUAUACCAUCAGGUAUCCAAAUGGUCAAUGUAAUACGCCUUUUUUCAUAUCAAAUAAAGGUGAAAUGUUGUUCUUGGUUCGAUUAGAGUUCAUGAUAGACAAUUCAAAAGAUGAAUCUCUCAGAUAUACAAAUGUUACUAACCGUGAAAGCAAUCAUGCUAUGAAAAUCUACACUGAAAGCCUAGUUUGUCCUUUUUCAACUGAAGGGACAGAUAAUGCUGCAAAAGAAAGCGGGGAAAAGCUUAUAUCAAAACAAUCGAGUAAUAAAUAA